UGUAGUUAUCUAUAGGAAACUGGGAAUGACUCACAAACACAAUAUAAAAAGCCGUGGGUGAUUGGGGUGUUUUUCAUUGUGCCUGUGGCUGCUUAGAAUGGCUCUCAGUGGCUGGCUCUGAUGUGCUGUGAAGUCUGGAGCAGAGGAGCUUCAUUUGGGUCUGGUCUCAGAGUGAGGAAUUUUCCUGUCUGGCCUUAGUGACACAUUAUGAACUGAAGUGCAGCUGUUCCCACUGGAAGAAUGUGUAACCAGAGCGUGUCGUGUUCAUUCUCUGACAAUUAUGAAGCCGUCUUAUUCCCCAUAAUCUACAGCAGUGUCUUUAUAGUUGGUUUGCCGAGUAACCUAAUAGCUAUUGGAGUUAUUGUUCAACUAAUCAAGAAGGGAAACAUCUUGGGCAUCUACCUGGCCAACCUUUGUGUAUCAGACCUCAUGUACAUAAGUACACUUCCUGUCUGGAUUGUUUACACCGCAAAGGAGGACUGGCUAUUUGGUACCCUCAGCUGCAAAAUUGUGGGCUUUUUCUUCAAUGCCAAUCUUUACUCGACUAUUUCCUUUCUUAGCUGUAUAGCUACAGACCGGUUUGUUGCCAUGGUUUUCCCACUCCGUUCAAGGAUCAUCCGGAGCAUGAAAACUGCUGCUGUGAUUUGUGUGAUAGUUUGGCUGAUCAUUUUGGGCUCGCAUUUUUAUUUUUUAACCAGGGACGAUGUUUUUACUUCUAUCCAGAAUGUGGAACUUUGUUAUGAGAAAUAUCCCAUGGAAAGAUGGAUGGCUCAUCUGAAUUACUUCCGGAUUCUUGUGGUUUUUCUUAUCCCAUUGUUUCUCUUGUUAUUUUCCUACUGCUCCAUAAUUCGAGUCAUCUAUCGAGCAGCCACGUUGGAAACAGAUCAGAAGAGGAAGAUCACUGGGCUGCUCAUGUCUAUGACUGCAAUAUUUGUGGUCUGCUACUUGCCGUAUCAUGUAGUCCUUUUUAUCCGUUCCUAUGUGAGUGACUUUGACUACUGCAGCUGUACAAUAGAGGAGCGUAUUCGCCCUGCCUACCGGAUCUCCUUUGCUCUCACCAGUCUGAGCAGUGCCCUUGACCCUUUCCUAAAUAUCUUUGUGAGUGAAGGAGUAAAGCGGGAAUUGAUGGUGAAAAUAAGGGCUCUUUGGUUUUACCUGGUAUUCCGGCGAAAAGAAAAGAGCAAAAUUAGAUGUCUUAAUGAUUUAUGUGAAGGUAAUGUUCAGAGGAACAGUGGCCUCCUGUGUACACACCAAACCAAAAUACAGUCUAGGUUGUAGGUAGUUUUUGGGACUAGAAAUUUUCUGAUUCUGUUAAUGGACAUUGGACUAUACUCCUGAAAGGCUGACCUCAAAUGUAUUAGUGUUCCCCAAGGAAUUAAACAUCUUUCAGAAAUGGAAUGUGCAGCAAUGACCAACACAUGCAACCCAAACCCUUGAGCUUCAGCUUUGAUCAACUUGCUCGCACCUUCUUUGAGUUGAGUUAUGGAAACAAUGGCCUUGGACCUCAAUAAGGAUAAACAAAAUUGGAAAAUGUGGAUGGGCACAGGCCUUAAACUUGGAUUUUCUAUUCACAAAGAGAACUGAUCCUGCUGUGCGGGAAAAUUAUAUUAUUUAGUAUUAACAUUAGUAUGGAAAUAAUAAGAAUAUACCAAAUAGUAUGUUGUAUAAUAAAUUGUUGUAUUGAUAACAAAG